UCAAGGUUUUCGAGGGUCUCUUCUCUUCUCUUUUAGUAGUAGUCCAAGCUUGUGGGGUUCGGCAAUGGUGGAUCUUCAAACAGUUUGCAGUAUGUGCGGCGACGUUGGGUUUCCUGAUAAGCUCUUCCGUUGCACCGGUUGCCGCAAUCGUUUUCAACAUUCGUACUGCAGUAACAAUUAUAGUGAAACUUCGAUGAAAAUAGAAUUGUGUGAUUGGUGUCAGAGCGAAGAGAGAAACACAUCCAAACAUGGUGGGGUGUCUUCAAGAAGGUCAAGCGUACAAGAAGGUAGUAAUAUUGGGUCCAUCACGAACAGGUCUGAGUAUUCAGGUGAAAAGAUUAAACAACAGAACGACAAGGAAGACAACACCGACAAAGCUGGGAAAAGCACGAGUACUACACCUUCACCGAGGCCCACGGCACGCAGGUAUAAGCUCCUCAAGGAUGUAAUGUGCUGAGAGAGAGAGAGAGAGACUUAGUUUCUGAGUCUCACUCCUUUCCUUUGCUUUAAGUGUCAACAGACUGUGUUAACGUGUGUGCACGUCACUUAUAAGUCUUUAUUAUAUAUAAUUUCCUUUCU